AGGGUGUAGCCACUCCGAAACCGCGGUUCGUUGCUGCUUUCGCGUACUUCAACGCAGCGGCGACAUGUCCACUGUACGCUUUGCCAAGUCGUUUUAGUGCGGCCAUGUCCUUCAACUACAAUCUCUUCGGGGCUGUCGUAAGUGGCCUCAGUUUUCUGCUCGUCUUCAAAUGGAUACGAGUAUUCCUACCCUCGCGCUUACAAGCGACGUCCUGGAGGACAUGCGCACCGAUUUCCUCUCUGAUGACGGCCUUGCCCAUACGUGGCAUCUCGCAGCUAGGGAACUAGAAUGCUACGCGGCUUGCGCUCGAUGUUUGCGCAGUGAGGUUGACGCAUUGAGCGGUUUCCCAUGGGAAUUCCGAGGAUUGGUAUUCGGCCUCUCGUGGAAGCUCUUUAGACUUUGCUGCAAGGUGCAGCAUAUUCUGAGACAGAUUUCGGUGUGUUUUGCUUCUGUGCAACUAUUGGAGCGGGUCCUGAUUCUCUUCGGACAGAGAUUGGAGUGCAAAGUGUUAAGAGAAAGGCAGCAGCGAUCACUGGGGAGCGUAAUCAUGCACGGAGCAGGCGUGCUACCGUUAUGGACAAUCUCUCAGACGUCGCAACCUGGUGACAACGGUGCUUGUUCACCAACGGCGAUUGAUGCCGACAGUUCUGAUACAGUGGAUAACCGGCCUGUCGCAUGCACUACAGAUCAUCCCGGGUGCGCACGGUACUACGAGGUUUUGAAUGGUACCCAUCAAAAUGAACUCGGGACAAGCAACAGAAGCCACUCCGAGAGGGGCCUAUCCGUCGACGCUCUAGCAUCCAUAUCUUCAUUAAGAGCAUCAGCGUCAGUAUCUCACAAUGAUCGCUGGUCUAAAUGUCACCUGAUUUGGUAUUGCAGAGGGCCGGGUGUUUCACUGAGCUCUCCAUCCACUGCCAGUGCCUCUUACAUUCCGAACUCGCUGGGUCGGCCUCUCAGAGAGGAUGACUCUGAUCUGCUCGCACUGCAAACAGCUCCCAGAGAAGGCGAACUAGAGAUGGCACCAGGCGGAGAUGCUUCUGAGACUACGACCAAUUCUCCACCUUCAGACGACUUCCCUUCAAUCACGGCAGAUCUAGCUGGUCGCUAUGAACGCCCUUCCUCUGAAAUGGGGCUUACAACACCCGUGCCCGGAUAUUCGGAUGAAGUGCAGCCUGAGGUCGGGGAUCUCUCAGAAACAUAUCAUAACCCGGAUAUUCAAAGGUACAUCAUUCGACGUGCACUUCACACACUGUUGACGCAUUUUUGGAGCAGUAAGACCCAAGAUGCGUCGCAAUGGUCGGGCUCGGAAGGCCGGGACAAUUCCGUACAGAAUGACAUCGUGGAGGUUGGCAACGCUAGUGGGCUCAGGCGACGUCACGGCAUGUGGAAACCGUUCAUGGCCCGGGGAGAUGUUGGUGCGCAUGACGAUUCAUACUACUGCAGCUGGUUAUCAUACAAAUCCCUCGUUGCAGAUGAGAAUGGGCGUGAUUUGCAAAUCGAGUGUCUCUGGCGAGAAAACGGAGUCUCUUGCGGUCGCCGGUUCACCAAGGACGAUAUUGCCGAGCAUCUCGACGACGCACACAUACACCAUCGUCAUUGCAGGUGUCCGCAACGAUGGCAACCCGUUAGCAAUAACCCAACAACUGCAGUUACCGACACACCAUCACAUGCCUCAGUAUCUGUUGACCCAGGGUGUUUACGACACAAGCGAUUCUGGCAUAUUAGUAUCCGCAAAUAUCCGUAUAGGAUCGUUCUAGCAGAGGAUUAGGGGCUCCAAAGCUUGGACACCGUCGCAUACGUGCUCUUGUCCCCUCCAUUGUUGUGCUCUGCUUGCAUCUCCUCAUCCCGCUUUGAGUUCCGAAUCUUUUCACUAUGUAUCUUCGGUGUACUCUGCCUCCGAUUGACAAUUCCCGGGGCAUCAUGCACGGUACUACGAAGCCCUCUUAGCUUCUUAACGAAUUACUUGUAUUACGUACGUUAAUAUACCUCGACUGUCGGACUCC